UAGAUCUUGGGGAGGCGAUCAUCCCUGUUGGCUACAUCCUCUCGUAUCUUUGAAAUUUUCUCACAGACAAGACAACACACACGUUCAAAAAUGCCAAUCGACCCAGAGAAAUUAGCUAAGCUCCAAAAACAGUCCUCCAAAAAGAUCGGUGGUCAAAGAAUCAAGGCAAAGAAGGUUAACAAGUCUUCUGAGGGUGACGAUUCCAAGGUCCAAGCCGCAUUGCAGAAAUUCAACCCAACCACUUUGACUGACGUUGCUGAAGCCAACUUUUUCAGAGAUAACGGUACUGUCUUGCACUUCAACAGAGUUGGUGUCCAAGCUGCAGCUGCCAACAACACCUACGCUGUCACCGGUUUUGCCCAAGAAAAGCAAAUCACCGAAUUACUGCCAGGAAUCUUGACCCAACUGGGUGCAGAAAACCUGGAGCUUUUACAAAAGUUGGCUCAAUCUUUCCAAAAGAACCCAGAGAGCUUAGCCCAACUGUCCAACCAAGCUAAGGGCGAAAAGGAAGAAGAUAUCCCAGAAUUAGUUGAGGGUGAAACUUUCGACGAAGUUGAGUAAAUCGAUAGUUCAGACGUCGUUCAUUGGGGUUUGAAGUUUGAAAAGCAAAAGUUAAAAUUCUUGUUUGAAAACCAGUCUCAAAAUGACUUUCUUCAAAAUCACACAUCUCAAGUUUUUUAUAAUUAAAUAAAACCUUAUUUAAUUAUAGCUUAAUCUAUAUUAAUUUUCAAGCUAAUCAGAUUUGAUGUCAGGUUUGGUAUCAUAUCCCUUGCAUUUUUGUGUAUCCUGUUUAUAUAGAAGCUUAAUCACGUUACUUGAUGAAAACCCGGAACAUAAUUUAGCUGUUAUAAUCUUUGCUUUAUAAGGAUACACAUAAAAAACAAGAGAA